AUGAAGGUUGCUUGCUACCCAGAGAAGAUGUCCCCUUUUCAGUUUCAUGCUGAUGUCAAGCAUGAAUUAGCAACCACUGGGUUGGAAAAUACUUUGGAAUCUCAGAAAAUACCUUUAUUCCAUACGGUGAAGUGUUUGAAUGAACACAGGUUGACGCCUCCAUGCUCACUGACACUCGAGUUGGUUUUCAUGUACAAGGAAACUUGUACAUACCUUCUCAACACGUGUCACUUACCCAAAUCGACUAAUCUGCGGCUAUCAAAUACCACAUACAAGAAAGGCAAAGGUGAAUUUCAUUGA